UAGAAAGAUGCGACUUAUUGUUAUAUUGUGGCGGUAGUGUUUCGCUCAUACUCUGGUUGGGCGUACAACCCUCCCCCCCUCCAAUAUGCCAGAAUCUACGACAAGCCAAAAUGCUUCUUCUCUUCGGCCGCGGUUUAAUCCAGUGAUCAACCCGGCGAACGCAAACCCCGUUCUGGUAGACGAACACCUAGAGGACGGCCACCAUAUCUUCCUAUCCCGUCCCUGGCUUGGAGCCCUGUUAUUCGAGAAUGCCACCUCCGACGCCCGGGAUCACUGCGCUAACGAACGAACGUUUUUGUCUUGGCUCCGUCUCUCUAUGUACCUUGCGGUCGUUUCAGUAGCUAUCAUCAUCUCGUUCCAUUUUCAUGGCGGGCCGACCGGACUCGAGCGACGGAUGGCUCUGCCGCUGGGUAUUAUUUUCUGGAUCCUUAGCUUAGCUUGUCUGGUUAACGGGUUUGCAAACUAUGUACGGACUGUGCGAAAGUACAGCCGUAAAGCGGCUUUGGUACAGAGCGGAUGGAAAACACAAAUGACAUUUACAGUGGUGGGAACCGUGAUUCUGGGGAGCUGUAUACUGUUCUUGGCAACGGAUGCAAAUAAUAAAAAUUAAUGAGAAUGGGAAUUGCUUUUUCGCUUAAUAAGAGGAUGCCGCCUAGAGUAUGCUUUCUAAACAAUGCACUAUCGUAGUCGCAUGUCAUGAUUAAAUGGGACGCCAAAUU